GGCCUGCAGUGCGGGUGCAGUAGGGACUCGGACCCCAUGUGCCCUCAGCCCACGCUGCCCGCAGUCGCCGGCUUCGCUGGAUCUCAGGGGGUCUCCGCAGCCCCGCCGCCCCCGCGGGCCGAGGCCGAGCCAUGUCUGGUAAUGGCGACGCGGCUGCAACCGCGGAAAAAAACGGCUCAAAGAUGAGAGUGGUCCGAGUGGGUACCCGUAAGAGCCAGCUGGCUCGUAUUCAGACGGACACUGUGGUGGCAAUGCUGAAAGCCUUGUACCCUGGCCUGCACUUUGAAAUCAUUGCUAUGUCCACCACAGGGGACAAGAUUCUUGAUACUGCACUCUCUAAGAUUGGAGAGAAGAGCCUGUUUACUAAGGAACUGGAAUAUGCCCUGGAGAAAAAUGAAGUUGACCUGGUUGUUCACUCCCUGAAGGAUGUGCCUACGAUGCUACCUCCUGGCUUCACCAUUGGAGCCAUCUGCAAACGGGAAAACCCCUGUGAUGCUGUGGUUUUUCAUCCAAAAUUUGUUGGGAAGACCCUAGAAACCUUGCCAGAGAGGAGCACAGUGGGAACCAGCUCCCUGAGGAGGGUGGCCCAGCUACAGAGAAAGUUCCCACAUCUGGAGUUUAAAAGUAUUCGGGGAAACCUCAACACCAGGCUUCGUAAGCUGGAUGAACAGCAAGAGUUCAGUGCCAUCAUCCUGGCGGUGGCUGGUCUACAGCGUAUGGGCUGGCAGAACCGGGUGGGCCAGAUCUUGCACCCGGAGGAAUGUAUGUAUGCUGUGGGACAGGGAGCCCUAGCUGUAGAAGUCCGAGCCAAGGACCAGGACAUCUUGGAACUGGUUGGUGUAUUACACGAUCCUGAGACUCUGCUUCGCUGCAUUGCUGAAAGGGCCUUCCUGAGGCACCUUGAAGGAGGCUGCAGUGUGCCAGUAGCAGUGCAUACAAUGAUGAAGGAUGGGCAAUUGUACCUGACUGGGGGAGUCUGGAGUCUAGAUGGCUCAAAUAGCAUGCAAGAGACAAUGCAGACUACGAUCCAUGUCCCUGCCCAGCAUGCAGAUGGCCCAGAGGAUGAUCCACAGUUGGUAGGUAUCACUGCCCGGAACAUUCCACGAGCAGCCCAGCUAGCUGCAGAGAACUUGGGUAUCAACCUAGCCAGUUUGUUGCUGAACAAAGGAGCCAAGAACAUCCUAGAUGUUGCUCGGCAGCUUAAUGAUGCACAUUGACUGGUCUGUGGUACACAGGGCCUGGGAAGCCACUUUCCAGUGCUCAUGUCAGCCCCCAGUGCCCUGUGGUAACUGCGGAGAGAUUGUUCCCAGAGACUGAACUGAGACUUCAAGACUGCAUCACCUUGGGGCCUUGAUGACUGCCUUGCCUCCUCAGUAGCUUUUUCUCUUUAGAGAGAAAGUCCAUACCAGUCUUUGAAUGUAACCAAGUCUAAUAAGCCAACUCUGAAUGUGGUUGUUUGGAAGGGGUUGGGGAGAAGAUAAUAAACCCAAAACUCCUUUUAAUUCUUAA